AUGUCGGUACUCAGCAUUCGUCGAAGAUUUCCCAACAUGCAGCAAUUGAUGUUCCUUGGAAGAGGCAAUGUUCGCAUAUGUGACUUCCACGGCCACAUCAUUGGAUUUGACGACGCAAGACGUAGCUUCACCUUAGCAGCCGCUAAUUACAAUGCCACCAUCGAAGUCCAGGUUCUGCAAGAACGUCAAUACCAUCGAGUACGCCCAUAUCUUGUAACCCGUAAGCGACAUAAUCAGGAGAUUCGCUUCGAUGUCGACAUAAAUAAAAGGAAGUUCGACGUUAUUUUAUCGUCGAUCGAAGAUGUUGGUGGCCAAGGAAGGAGUAUGAUGGCAUCAAACUGCGAGAUGCCACCCCUGAAAGAGUUAGAAGAGAUGAUAGCGAACCUUCCAGUAUCACACCCACCAUCUGGUUCGCGAAGUGAGCAACAAAUACUGGGCUAUGUUGUCAGCAUCAACCGAAUGAAAGAAUCAUUCAAUCUUGGUAUUCUCGUUGGCAACGUCGAAUUCGAGUUGUCAGAAAAAAAUGGCGUUCGAUGGCAAAGGCUUCUAAAGUAUCUGCAGCCUCGAAUGGACGAUCAGACGCAGGUGUCAUUUACACUUCAGAUUACAGACACCAGUCUUUAUAUUGACAUAAAUUCGAUCAAAGAUAUUGAGUCGCCGUAUCUGAGUGCCGGCAUGCUCAUUGAGUGGUAG